UCCCCUCUCCUGAGUCCUCUCUACUGACACCAUGGGCUGCUGUGGUUGUGGUGGCUGUGGCUGCGGUGGCUGCGGCUGUGGUGGCUGCGGCGGUGGCUGUGGCGGUGGCUGUGGCGGCUGUGACAGCUGCACCUCGUACAGGUGCUACCGGGGGCGCUCCUGCUGCGGCUGUUGUGGGGGCUGCUGCGGGAGCUGCUGCAACACCCCCGUGGUCUGCUGCUACCGCCGCACGUGCCGCCGCCACUCGUGUGACUGCGGCUGCGGGAAGGGCUGCGGGAAGGGCUGCUGUCAGCAGAGGUGCUGCUGUCAGCAGAGGUGCUGCAAGAGGCAGUGCUGCCACUAGGGGGCGGUCUGCAGGUUCUACUGGGGAAUCUGCUCCCAACGCUAAAGUUUCCCUCCAUCCCUCUGUCUCUUCCCUGCUGUCUCCCUGUCACCUGGGCUUCAUUGCACUUCCCUCUUUGGUUCUCAUGCUGUGAAUUUAAGUGACUAUUUCCAUUUUUAAGGUACAUCGAUGGAUAUUUUAUUCAAUGUCAUCCAUGGAAAAAAGAAGAUGGAAAACAUCCUGAGUAUUGAGCUCAGAAAAAUGAGGUAAUGAUUUUCACUUUU